CUCCACGCGAGCGGCUGUCUCACGGGGGACCCUCGUCGCUCGUCGCCGCAAACUAGCGAAACGACCGCUCGCGACCUCUCCAUGCCUGUUGGUGAUAUGGGGCGUGAUUGAGGAGUGAAGUGAUUUUUGAUUGCAAACAUGGCAGCGGCUAUGAUAUCGGACAGAGGACUGCGUAAGAAGCUGACCCAAGAGGCGAUUCCUGAAAAAACGCCGCGCAAGCCGUCGAAACGCAAAUCCGCCGCGGGCAGUUCCAAAAGUGACAAGAAGAACGAGCAGAAUAAUAAUAAGAGAGCGAAGGUUCAGACGGGCGAUCCUAAAUUGGAUUUGUUCUCGACGUACCAGCCGUGGGUGAUUCAGACUUACGGGGAUUUGGCGAAAACUAAAACGAUCACGUUGAAGAAGUACGCGCGAAUUCUGCGCACGCUUCGGGGGGAGGAAUGCAACAGUUCGGACAGUUCCAAGUUUCGGUUUUGGGUGAAGGCGAAGGGUUUUCACGCGGGGAAGCCUCCGGGGUACGAUGCGAAGCCUGCCGAUGGUAUUGUAUGCCGCUACAGCGUGUUGGAUGCUGAUUAUGCAAAUCAGGACGUCUACACGGGCUCGCAGAAUGAUCCGCCGCUGUAUAUCCCGACUCCACCGUUAAAGAAUGCACCAAAUCAAGAUCCAGUUUAUCGAAAAGUGGCGAUUGUUGAAAAUUUCUUCGACAUCAUCUACACAGUCCACGUAGAACUGGAAGGUCGACCGGGAAAACAUGCGGGCCAAAAACGGACAUAUAGAACUAUCACCGAGACGUACGCGUUCCUUCCCCGCGAGGCCGUCACGCGUUUCCUGACCGGAUGCGCCGAGUGUGCGCGGCGCCCGCGCAGCGCCUCACCUCCCCCCCUCCCCACUCCGUCCCCCUCGCCCACCAGACACCCCACCUACCUCCCCUUCUUACCCCAAUGCUCCGAUUACUCCCGAAACUGGGAGUCGGAGAUAGACGCCGCGCAAAAUUUCCCUUACGAAUACGAAAUACCCAAGAAAAUUGACAGCCCGAAAGCUGACACUGAAGAAGCUGAACCUACGUAUAUCGAACUCACCUCUAAAAAGAAUUUCGAAGCAAAUAAUUUAUACAAUUCGCCUGUAGAACCGGCGUUUAGAGAAGUAGAACCAGUCAGAACUGAUCCUGAAAUUGACAAGGAUGACAGUUUGAUAGAUGUAGAAGACGUCAGAUGUGAUAGUCCGCCGCCUUUGCAGAUAGUAGAGGAUAGUAGUAGAAGUAAGGAAGAGAAAAGUACCAGGGCGGCAUUGAUGGGAGGAGCUAAAGAGAACAAGACUGAGGUUAAGAAAGAGAAGAAGUAUAAUCCUUUGGACGUGGCGAAUUUGACAUCGAAGGAUCCUCCUAAGGCUAGAUCGCCUCCAAGAAAAAAGCUUCUAAUGUCUAGUAUAGAGCACCCUAGUACGUUUGGGAGGGUGCCUAAACCCUGGAGGCCUGAUGGGGGGGUGUACUAUGGCGGGGAGGAGAUGGACUUCAGCGUGCCUAUCACCACAGCAUACCUGAAGCAUAUGAGGAGUAUGGGCAUGGCGUUUCAGGAGAGAUUGGACGCGGAAAAUAAGAACUACUCGGACUUUUCAGAAUACAACUCAGAGCUCUCAACAUCUCGCCUCAACCCUGCCACAUCCAGUCCCUCGCCCUCCUGUUAA